CAGAAAUAUCUCUUACCCCUGCGCCAUUUAACCCAUUCCGCUUCUCGUCGUCUCGCCUCGUCCGUCCCCUCCCCAUACGACAGCCACCCUCACAAAACCCUAAACCCUAGCCGCCGCCGCCGCCGCCGCCGACGCCGAAGCGGUACAGCCAUGUACGCCGUCCUCCGCCGCGCGGCGCCCCUCAGGCGGCGUGCCGUGUCCGCGCUCGCCGCCGCGCUGCUCCAGCAGCAGCCGGCGGCGCUGGGAGCUGUAGCCCCGCGGGCGCCGACGCCGCUCCCGGCGGCCGCGUGGUUCCACUCCUCGCCGGCGUGGCUUGGUUUCCGGGAUACCACAGAGUUGGCGGCGCGCGCGGAGUUCGCUGCGGAGGAAGGUUUGUUCUAUGAGGACGACAGUAGGGCGCCGGCCGGCGGCCCGGCGGCUGAGGGGCUCGAGAUUGCCAAGCUCGGGAUCUCGUCCAAGAUCGUCGAAAGGCUCGCCAGCAAGGGCAUCACCAAGCUGUUCCCUAUCCAGAGGGCUGUCCUUGAGCCAGUAAUGCAAGGAAGGGACAUGGUUGGUCGUGCCAAAACGGGGACUGGUAAAACUUUGGCAUUUGGAAUCCCCAUAAUGGAUGCAAUUAUUCGUCACAACGAGAAGUACAAGCCUGGUAAGUUUCCAUUGGCUAUUGUCUUGGCGCCAACAAGAGAACUUGCAAAACAGGUUGAGAGGGAGUUCCUUGAUUCCUCCCCUUUGGAAACGCUGUGUGUAUAUGGAGGGACUCCAAUUAUGCAGCAAAUAAAACAACUUAAUUAUGGUGUUGAUGUGGUCAUUGGGACACCUGGACGUGUGAUUGAUCUGCUAAAAAGGGGUGCUCUUAGUUUGGCAGAGAUCCGGUUUGUUGUUCUCGAUGAAGCAGAUCAGAUGUUGUCCGUCGGGUUCGAUAAAGACGUUGAAACAAUUUUGGAGAGAGUGCCCCCGCAACAUCAAACAUUGAUGUUCUCUGCGACAAUGCCAACAUGGAUACGGAAGCUCACACAGAAGUUCCUCAACAGUCCUGUUACAGUGGACCUUGUUGGUGAGGAUGACCAAAAGCUGGCUGAAGGAAUUAGUCUGCUCUCUGUCUCUUCGGAAAACCGUGAAAAACCAGCUGUUCUUGGGAAAUUGAUUAAGGAACAUGCAAAAGGUGGCAAGUGCAUUGUUUUUACACAAACAAAAAGGGAUGCAGAUAGAUUGUCACACAAUAUGAGUCGAAGUUUCCAAUGUGAGGCGCUUCAUGGGGAUAUCUCUCAAUCUGAAAGAGAGAGGACACUGGCAGGAUUUCGGGAUGGGCGGUUUAAUAUAUUGAUUGCUACUGAUGUCGCUUCUCGUGGAUUGGAUAUCCCAAAUGUAGAUCUGGUGAUACAUUUCGAAUUGCCAAAUUCGUCAGAGAUAUUCGUUCACAGAUCUGGCCGAACUGGCCGUGCUGGGAAGAAGGGCACUGCAAUUGUGAUGUACAACUAUGAACAAAGUAGAGCUGUGCGGGUCAUUGAACGUGACGUAGGAUGCAAGUUUACGGAGCUUCCAAAAAUUAAUGUUGAGGGAUCCGACUUGCUGGGUGGUGGAUUUGACUCCUUCGGGGGUGGAGGUGGUGGGUAUGGUGGCUCAAACUAUGGGCGCUCACGAGGGGGCUUUGGUGGACGUGGCGGUGGUGGUGGUUUUGGCCGAUCAGGCGGUGGAGGAUUUGGCAAUUCUGGGUUUGGCCGCUCAAGUGGUGGAUUUGGUGACUCGGGAUUUGGCCGCUCCGGGGGUGGAGGGUUUGGUGACUCAGGAUUUGGCAGGUCAGGUGGUGGCGGAGGAUUCAGUGACUCAGGAUUUGGCCGGUCUGGUGGCAGCGGUGGAGGAUUCAGUGAUUCUGGUUCAGGUCGUUUCGGUGGCGGUUUUGGUAGUUCUCGCUCAGGUAGUUUUGGUGGCUUUGGCGACAAGGACUCACGAUAGACCUAUAACUAAUAACAGCUAUAGAAUUAUGGACAUCCUGAGCCAGAUUCAGCUUGGUCAUGCGGUAUAUCACAAAGGAGAUCGAGAUUGUUGCGGACCCUAUCCAUGAACACCUCGGAGAGGGCAUAAGGCUGGGUGAGGCGGGUCCUUCGAUAGGCAAAAAUAAUCACGUGCCUUGUUUAUUAGUGUUCUUUUCUGUUCGUUUUUUCAUUUGCUUCUGCAAGUUCUAGCUCUAGAUCAUACCUGUAAAAUAUGCAGAGGUCUUUUGCGGAUGAUAUUCUUAUAUCGUUUUUGGUAGUCGCGCUGUACUGUACCGUGUGAUGAUUAUGGAGCUGCUUUGUAGGCCGUUUUUAACCUGAUAUGAUGAUCUUGAUUAUUGGCCAUUUUA